UGAGAACCCAACCCGCGAGGCACUGUCUCAAUCGUGGACGUUUAAGUUGAGCAUGCGACAAGAUGUCAACCUUUGGGGGAGUAAUGGUGGAGUUUCCUGACGUUCGAGUUGACUUCUUCCGACCUGUUCUAGGCCAUCGCCCGCCUCUUGCAUGCUUCUUGAGUCAUGUCCACAGCGAUCAUUUGGCUGGCCUUGAGUCGUUCAAGUCUCCAUUUAUCUUCUGCUCCCCGGCAACGAAAGAGCUUCUUCUACGGCUUGAGCGAUAUCCGCAUAGACUCAACUUCGAGCUCGGUAUUCUUGAAUCCCGCAAACAGACGUAUAAGCAUCUCCAAAAGCUCUUGAAGCCGGUUCCUCUGGAAACGCCAACUCGGAUCGAGCUGCAACCUGGCAAGGAUAUCCAAGUCACGUUAUUUGAUGCAAAUCACUGUACAGGAGCAGUUAUGUUCUUGUUCGAGGGUGAUGGAAAGGCGGUGCUAUACACUGGCGACAUCAGAUCAGAGCCAUGGUUUGUUAAUUCACUGACACGGAAUCCAUUUUUAAUCGAGUAUACAAGUGACCUGAAGACCCUGGACUGUAUUUAUCUGGACACGAGCAACACGUCGCCUAUCGAGUUCCCGACUAAAGCCGACGGAAUCAAGGAGCUUUUGCAGAAGGUAUCUAAGUAUCCUCAGGAUACAGUCUUCCACUUUGCGGCUUGGACUUUCGGUUAUGAGGAAGUUUGGAUGGCUCUAUCUAAAGCAUUGCAGUCUCCAAUCCACGUCGAUCGAUACAAGCUGCGGCUCUACCAAUCUCUUCGAGGCGAGUCUACCAAGCAGGACAAAACUUCAGCUGCUUUCCUUGCGCACGAAGGUCCAGUCUUGGCUGGUUAUAUAUGUGGAAAUACGCCUCAGGAAGGAUGUCUUACAGACGACCAGAACGUUCGCUUGCACAGCUGCGAGAAGGGAAUGCAUUGUCCUACUACAAAUAAGAAGACGGUCUGGAUUAAGCCAAUCAUCACCAGAACAAAGCGCGGAGAGAUUGCUGAGGUUGGCGUUGGCGGGGGAGGAGGCGAUUUAGCACAACGGCCGGAGCUGGAAGUCGACAGCGACUUGGCUAUCGAUCAGCUUCUUGACCUAUUUGCAAAUAUCGAGGACGCCAUCUUGAAUGAUAUCAAAAGUAUGCUUCAGGCAGGUUCUCGAUCGACUACCCGAGCUGUAUCUCUUGACGACAUGGGACUUGACCGUCAAGAAGAUGACCUGUCUCUGUCGGAACUCGCUAAGAUCAUCUUGCGAUCAUUAACCAACAAGCGAAAUGCCAAGGUCACCGAGAACAAGCAACAGGAGCAAGGUCUUCCUCGCGUUAUCACAUUUCCAUAUUCCCGCCACUCUUCUUACGCCGAACUCUGCGACCUGGUUAGAGUGUUCCGCCCAAAGGAUGUUUAUGCAUGCACGGUGGACGCAGAUACUUGGCACGAGGGAGUCAGCAUCCGAAACCUCUUUGGCAAGCAUUGCUCUGCUUCGAUCUUCCGGCAUGACUUCGAAAUGCGAAUGAUUAUUGCUGAGAACUCAUCCGAUCAUGAGGACCAGCAAACUCGCACCACUGCCAGUGCUCAGUCGUCCCCGAAUGUAAGCCCUGUAUUGAAACAUACAAACAGAACUGCCGCCCUUCCCCCCAGACCAGCUUCCGGCGUGACUGUCCGGCGAAACUCUCAGGGCUUACUGGGACCCUUUGGUGCUUCUGGAAAUGAAGUACCAGUGGCACGAAAGGCCACGCCACCGCGAAACAUAUCGGCUGUCUCACCGGGCUCAGAGUCACAAAGUUUGCGCCGCAAAGCCAUCCUGGAUGGUCUUGGCGAAAGAGAUGCGAAGCGUGCGCGGAUGCAAGUGGACGGCCACGGCUCAUCACCACUGGGGGGCUCUGGCGAACACAGCAGUAUGACUCUUCAAAACAGAAAUGUACUCGAAUAUCGUGGGGAUUUCGAUUUAGACACGCCGGUGCCGAACCAUGGCCCAGGCUCGGAGGUAGGUAGCGACCGCGAUGGUUAUGAAGUCCCGGACGAUCAGAGUUCAGCUAUUUCAGUAGCUCUCGAUGAUGCAGAACCUGAAAUAUUUGACAUUGAGGACAACCCGGUUCAGGUGGGUAGCAGAUACACAUUCUUCGAUUACGACGAUCAGAUCCUUCGCUGUGCAUACUGUGGCCAUGAGAUUUGGACGUCCGAGGGCUUCUGCACUGGCAUCGAAAAGGGAUACUGCAGAGAUGGGCUAGCCACAGAUCCAUACUUUGAGGUGCUAUAUCCAGAGGCUCACGGACCCCGCCCCGCGAUCUCGGCGACCGAGCAUUCGGAAGAGAUGAUCGAAGGUCCCGCUCGAAGAAUCGUCGUUGGUAACUACCUCGAUGACGAUUCAUCGGCCUAUGAUUCGCAAGACGAGGCAGACCAACAUUUCAACGAAGCAUAUGACGAGCAAGACAGUUUUAUCGAUGAUGAAUCUCAACCAGACUCCGACACACCUGAUGACUCGUCGUCAAGUAAUGGAGAGACAAAUUGGAAGGAACAGUACAAUCUGCUUCAAGCAACACAUACCAUGCUUCUGAAUGACUACGGCGGUCUUGCCGAGGAAUAUGAUAACUUCAGGAGGGACGUUCUUGGAUCUGACUACAAUAGCGGAUCAGAUAUGGAGGAUAGCGACGAUAACGGGAUGGUGGCUAUCGAUGUCAGUGUUCCUGAUCCCAUUGUGACGGAACUCGUCCUUUCUCAAGCGCGGGAACAAUCUCAGGAGUCAGAGAUCACCACUGGCGGGCUCCGGGACAGCGCGGAAGCAGGUGAGGCUGCAAGCAGUGUCGAUGGGUGGCAUAACAUUACCAUGGUUUCCACUCAGGACAACCAUACCCAUCCAGAGGUAGAGUUGUAGCGGAGGUUUCAAACGGAUUUUGGGGCACGAGUGGCUGCUUUGCAUGGUUAUGACAUCGGUGCAUUCAAGGGGAGUUACUAUGACCAAAGAUACCCAUGGGAUUUGCUUUGACCUUGCUGUUACUUUUAGCUCAUCAUAACAAUUACUUCAUGAAACUAGCAUGGUCGAUGGACGGACAAUAAACAAGAUAUACUCAG